AUGGCUGCCCAACAAGAAGAUAACCAAGAUCAACAACAAAAUGAUUAUCAUUUUGAGAAGCUCUUGUCCUCGUACUUGGGCCUUAGUUUCACAAUCUUUCUUGGGUUCUUACCCAAAAACUCCAUUUCUUUAUUCUCAACCCUCCAUAGCAAGAACAAAGCUUUAACCUUUAAGCUUAUGCAAGCAGAAGAGCAGCUAAAGCAGCUGCAUUCGAGGAGAAAAGAGGACUCAAAGGCAAAUGCAAGAGUUGUUGAAAUCUUUGCAAGCCACAGGCAUUCAUGGCAGCAAGAAGAGAAGAGGCUGUUGCAGCAGAUUGAUGAGAGUAAUGAGGAAAUAGCUUAUUUGAAGAGCAAAGCCGAGUAUUUGGAGAAAAUGGAGGCUGAUUUGAAGGCCAACAUUGAGGAUUUGAAGAGGGAAAUUGGUGAGAGAGAUGAAAUGCUCAACUUUAUCAGCAGAAGUAACUGUGAAAUGGAAAAUAGUAGUGGGGAAUGCUAUGGUGACACGGCUGUGAGGUAUGGAAAAAGUGGGGUUUCAGAAGGGCUUGAUUUGGAUGUAGAGGAGUCUUAUGUGAGACAUGGGAUGGAGGAAAUGGGGAUUGGAAGUGUUUAUGGACAGAGUACUAAUGGGUUUAGUUCAGAUUUCUUGAAUUCUGCUGCUUCCAAGUUCUGGGAUGAAAAGGGAAGUCUCUGGCAGGAUGUGCAGUAUGAAUCUGUUGAAUCACUUUACCAUUUGAAGCAUUUUGUUGCAAGAAGGGAGUCCCCAUGGAAGGUAGACGGUGAAUCAACCGGAGUUUCUCCUAAACUAAAAUUGCUUGAGCAAGAACUACAGAAUCUGGAAAGUAUUGGUAAGACGGAUCUAUCGAAAGUGCCAUCUCUAAUGCGAAAGCAGGCAAAGAGAUAUCAAGCAUUGGCAGGAAAAAUUGAUGACCUCUGCAGAAGAAUGCAAGCCAGUGAUCCUUGUGAACCCAACCUCAGUACAGAGUUUCGAACUCAAAGGCAGACAGAAUUUUUACUUGAAGCAUUUCGACUACAACAGCGCGCUUCUGAGACUAAUCAGAAGCUGAUGACAUUACAAACUGAGACGGUGAAGACUUAUCGUGGGGACGAGCUUGAAGGACAGGCAAAAGCUGCCACAAGACGAUCUCUGGAGUCAAUCAGAAACAACUUCAAAGAAAUCCAGAGAAAUUUGGAGAUAUGGCUGGCUAGAAUUAUUGGAGAUCUCGAAGGAAUUCUGUCCAGAGAUGGCGCUUCUCGUGCACGGGAAUAUUAUUUCUCUAGGUAUCCCUUUGUUCAAUAA